CUGGGCUGAGCUGAAAGAGGUAUAUAUGGUCUGACUACCACUCACAGUCCAUGAAAACAAAACUUUACGGCUCAAAGUAGGGGGACCUUUCAACAUCGAGGUCCUAUUUUGUGUCUUCUACUAUACAAUUCUGAAAGCCUCAAAAACGUUAAAUCACAAUGCCUGUGAGAGAUAGGGUUCACAAUAGGGAGCUUUUUGGCCCGUGGCUCCUGCGACAGAUUAACAGCAACAACUUUGAAGGUGUGCACUGGCUUAAUGAUGAUCAUACUCUAUUCUGCGUACCAUGGAAGCACCUGAAUAUGAAGAGCAAAAACGAAAAGGAUUAUGGGAUUUUUAUGGCCUGGGCAAAGGAGAGUGGAAAAUACAACAAACAUUACGAAGAUCCACCUGCUUGGAAAAGGAACUUCCGCUGUGCCAUUAAUUCUGUUAUGUCUGGCAAUAUUAAAAUGUUUUCUGAAUACAUGGACAAAUCAGACGAUCAACAAAAUCCUCACAAAAUAUACCAGGUCAACUAUGUCCAAGCUGUUCCUGUUCAACCUGCACUUCCUGUUCCUUACUCCAAUGCUCAGACUGCUCCACUGCCAGAGCAAAAUAUGAUACACAAUGAUGAUGAAUACAGCCUGCGGAUCAGCCCCUAUAGCGAAUCUGUGCUCCCUUUUUCGGUGAAUAGCGAACAGGAGCUGGAUAUAGAUGCACUUCUGGAGAGAUUCAAUCUUGCUCAUUCUGACAUAGCAGUAGCAGAUGACAACCCUAUGGGAAAUGGCAGUUUUACAGCUACCAACAAGGUGUUAGACCAUGGAGGGGCAACCUACACUGAAGAUCAACCCAAUUGUCUCAAUGAAGUCCAAUGGCAAACCUGGAACAACCAAGGCAUGCAGCAUCAAGUAAAUAACAUUUGUCAGAACGGAUUAACACAGAAUGCCCCGUUUGUGCAAGAAGUCUACAGAGUACCUUCUGGGUCCCCCUACCAGAUGCUGAGAGAACAUGUGGAAAGCCAACCUAUAGCAGCUUCAGUCCCCCAUCUUAUUAAUGGGUAUGAAGCGUCCUUGUCUGAGACAAACACACACCAACCAUCCCAUCAGCAAAAUAUGCAGCAUCAAAUAUAUAGCGCAUGUCAGAAUGUGUUAACACAGCAUGUCCCAGUUGUGGAAGAUGUCUGCGGAGGAUCUCAAGGGCCCACUUACCAGAUACCAGUGAAACAUGAUGAAAGCCAACAUGUAGCACAUUCGGUCCCUCCUCUAACUAAUGGGUUUGGAGAUUCCUCUUCUGAGACAAGAACACAACAGCUGUCCCAUCAGCAAAUGAGGUUUCCUCCUUUAACCAAUUGGGAAGUAACAAUAUUCUACAAAGGAAAAGAAGUUCUAAAGAAAAAUGUAACCAAGAGGUUUCUCAUUAACACCGGACAACCUGAUCCUCGGUGUGGACCUGCAGAUCUUAUCUGUUUUCCUUCCACUGAUGACUUAGUGGAUCAGACUCAGAUUAAUUUUACCACCACCAUCCUUAAUAAUGUUAAAGGGGGGUUUCUCCUUGAGGUUAGCAACACAGACUACAAGCUUUAUGCCACAAGAUUUGGCAAGUCAAAAGUUUAUUGGUCUCUUUCUGAAGAUCUUGAAAACUCUGCAGAUGAAAAAAUGGUGCCCAGGGAAAUCCAGACCGAGAUCUUUGACUUUGGGAAGUACUGGAGAGAGCUGAGGGCAUACACACUUCAUCAUUGCAGAUCCCCAGACUAUACAAUAUACAUGUCAUUUGGUCAGAACAUAGACAAUCGAAUAAUGAGGAAACUGGUGCUGGUGAAGCUUGUGCCGCAAUUCUGUGUAUACACUCAUGAGAUGGUAAAAAAACAGGGUGCAUCCUCGCUUAACCAAGAGCUUAUAAGCCUGCAGAUCUCCACAGAGGGCUCCUUGAAUGGGACAGACCAAGACGUCUUCUCCACAAUGGACAUUGAUUUCUCCUGCUUGAUAUAGACUGCUUUCCUUCCUCCGAUGUAAAUAUCCGUUCUAGAAAAUAACAGAGAUGGGCCAUGGUUAUAAUAUACAUAGCAUGACUAUAUCUUGUAUAGGGGGGGGCUCAUUGUCCUGUCAUGUAUGAGCUAGAGAUAGGUAAAGAUCUCUUUCCGUAUUUUUCAUUGGUGGUA